UGAUACUUUGAAUCAAAGGAUUAGGUUCAUAGCUUGAACUGGACAGCAUAAUAAUUCUGCAUAUAAACAAAUGCAUUGAUGACAAGAUCUAUUUUACUAUCUUCGAAGUAUAAGUGAUAGCUGCAACUACACGACUUAAAACGUAAAUUAUUUUUAUCAGACUAUAGCAACAGCAAUGGCUACAGUGGCAUACUUUUUAUUUUUGACAAACACUGUGACAUUCUUGGCAGCUAAAGCUGUCACGCCAUUACCCACCAAAGGUAUAACGCUUCCAACAGGAACUGGACGAAUAUACGGUACAAACGGCACUAUUUUUUUGCAUUGUCAUGAAUGUUUUGGUCAUGGAAAGAAAAUAUUACCAACGGCUGACCCACUGUGUAAAUAUGGCUGCGGAACAUUUCGGAAAUAUCCAACCGAGACACCGAAUAGUCCCAUUGCUAUGAUAAUGAAAGAUUUGAAAGUAUCAGAAAAAGAAAGGGAUGCAAAAAGUUACAAGACAAUAAAAAGCUCCAGUCCUUUUGUUAAAUUUGCUUUUCUUGGUGUGAUGUGUUUAUUUAUUUGUCUCGGUGUCGUAGUAUACUUUUUACGGAAGCCGACACGCCAACGUCUCAAGGACCCUAAGAAAACAGAAAUCGCUACUAUUCAUCAUGUGUAGUAAGUCAACAACGCUUUCAUUGAAAAAAUAAGAUAACAAUGCUAGCUACUUGAUAAGCAAGAAAGGUUGAGUGAAAUAUGAACUUCGGGAUAUAUCAAGACAAACUGUUUGUCCGUAUAUCCGCACUGACAUAUGUUCAAAGAGCAUGCAUCAAAAUACAAAGAAGACAUAUAUUUAAAAUAUAUUUUUAUUUCGAUAUUGUUUUUUUCAGUUUACUUGUUUUAAUGUACCGCAAAUUAUUAAAGAAAAUAAAAGCAAAUAAACGAUA